UGCUGCCGGCCGUCCCGUGUACAGAUCGAGUCCAGGUUACAACCCGGCCCGCCCGCCCGCCCUGAGCGCCACAGCGGCAGCGCAUACACACAGACACACACCAUCCGUCCAUCCAUCCAUCGCCUGGAAGAAAAGGGACUGACUUCAAUAACAGAACCUGUAUUAUGAUCAUUUGGCGUUUCAUUUCUGAACUUUCUAUGGAACAACGGCAGAGCCAAACCGUAGUUAAUAGGGGCUACAACGAGAGGGAUACUUUUAGAGAAUCCAGUCCGGCUCGUCUGUAACUGCGCUGGCUCGCUGCAUAUGACAAAAGGCUCGGGCAGAGUCCAUUUGUCUUGUCCGUCACUCUUUGCCACUCCUGCAAGACACAGCAGGAUUUUAUCACCUUGUUGCUGAUUAUAACUUUGCUGAAAAUGGUUGGAUUCAAGCCCACAGACGUUCCUCCCACCGCCACGGUGAAAUUCAUCGGUGCUGGAACAGCUGCCUGCAUAGCUGACCUGUUCACCUUCCCUUUGGACACUGCUAAAGUCAGAUUACAGAUUCAAGGGGAAUCGAAGUCUGCUGCAGAGAUGACUAACUUAAAGUAUAGAGGUGUCUUUGGCACCAUGGCCACAAUGGUUAAGAACGAGGGACCAAGAAGCCUCUAUAGUGGUCUGGUGGCUGGUCUCCAACGUCAGAUGAGCUUUGCUUCCGUACGCAUUGGACUCUACGAUUCUGUGAAACAAUUCUACACCAAAGGAUCUGAACAUGUUAGCAUUGGCAGCCGACUACUUGCUGGCUCCACCACAGGAGCCAUGGCUGUGGCGUUUGCCCAACCAACCGAUGUGGUGAAAGUAAGGUUUCAGGCACAAGCAAAUCUAUCCGGUCCAAACAGAAGAUACAAUGGCACAAUUGAAGCCUACAAAACCAUCGCCAAGGAGGAAGGUUUACGGGGCCUAUGGAAAGGCACUCUACCAAAUAUUGCUCGUAAUGCCAUCGUGAACUGCACAGAGCUUGUGACUUACGAUCUGAUCAAAGAUCUGUUGCUCAAGAAUGGUCUCUUGACUGAUAACCUUCCAUGUCAUUUCUCUUCUGCUAUUGGUGCUGGAUUCUGCACAACUGUUAUAGCUUCGCCUGUUGAUGUAGUGAAGACAAGAUACAUGAACUCUGCCCCUGGCCGAUACAACAGUGCCUUAAACUGUGCAGUCACCAUGUUUACAAAAGAAGGAGGUACAGCUUUCUACAAAGGGUUUAUGCCAUCAUUUCUACGCUUGGGAUCAUGGAACAUCGUGAUGUUCAUUACCUAUGAACAGCUGAAACGAGCUUUGAUGGUUGUUAAACUCUCCCGAGAAUCUUCUCUGUAAACAAAUGUGAUGCACUGUUUUUUGCUUGAAAUAGUUUCAAAACUAAUGUUCUAUUAUUGAAUGAUAUUUAUUUCUCCUUGAUUUCCUUAUCUUUGGGCACAAUCUAUCAUGGCCUUGAGCAGCGACUAAAGAUUGUUUUACUGGGGACCUUGCAGACACUAUGGAACUGUCUCAACCAUUUUCUCUCCCACUGCAGAAGAUUAGAAACUUAUUGCAUAACCUGAAUAGACCAGAUGAAAGGAUCCAUUUAUAUUAGUAAGCUAGUUAAAAAUCUAGUAGCAAUAUGGAAGACUUUGAAAAGUACCAAACACAAGGUUUGGAUUCCGGUCUGGAGCGGUAGUCUGGGAUUACAUUACAACAAUGCUGUUCUUUUUGAAAAUGUCUGAGUUUACUUCAAAUCAAUAAAACUGAUUCUCCUGUUAAA